AUGGCUUCUCAAUUAUUGCCUCUUGAACUGAUCGACAAGUGCGUCGGCUCAAAGAUCUGGGUUGUGAUGAAGGGCGACAAGGAAUUCUCCGGUACAUUGCUCGGCUUUGACGACUAUGUCAAUAUGGUUCUCGAGGACGUCACGGAGUUUGAUUACUCUGGAAACCAAGAAAAGCUUCCCAAGAUUCUCCUUAACGGAAACAAUGUGUGCAUGUUGAUACCCGGAGGGGAGGGGCCAGUCAAUAGCUCAUAA